AUGAAGUCGCCUUCCACAGUGAAGGAAAUACAAAGUCUGACGGGCAGAGCAGCGGCCCUCAACCGGUUCCUCUCAAGAUCAACCGACAAGUGUAAACCAUUCUUCAAAGCUUUGAAGAAAGGACAAAGAGACAAAUGGGAUGAGGAGUGCGAAGUAGCUUUCCAAAGUCUCAAGGCUUAUCUCACUUCACCUCCCCUGCUUUCAAAGCCAGUCCCUGGUGAGGACUUGUUCGUGUACCUGGCAGUGUCCAACUCAGCUGUCAGCUCAGCUCUCAUCAGAGAAGAGCUGGGGGCCCAACAUCCGGUAUUCUACACGUCAAAAGCUCUCCUCGUUACCCAAAAUUGGAGAAACUCAUUUUGGCUCUUGUAG